AUGGCUCAAAUCACAGCAUUGUUACUGGACAUCGAAGGCACUGUUUGCCCAAUUACAUUCGUGAAGGAUUGUCUCUUCCCCUAUUUCCUCAAGAAGCUUCCAGAUGUUUUAUCACUCGUGGAAUUCCCAUUGGAGUCCUCUUCUCAGGAUUCGCCAAUAGUGUCUGUGAUUGAAGGGUUCCCUCCAGAGACCAGAACAACCAGAGAGGCCUUGCAAGACCACAUUGUACAGCUAGUCAAGAACGACGUCAAGGAGAAGAACUUGAAGGCAUUACAGGGCCUUGUGUGGAAUGAAGGCUACUCCUCUGGCGAGAUCAAGGCUCCUCUGUACCAGGAUGCCAUUGAUUUGAUCCAAGUACAAUCUCGAAACCACAAGGUGUAUAUCUAUUCCAGCGGGAGUGUUCACGCACAGAAGUUGUUAUUUGGACACGUUGACAUCAACGGGAAGAGUACCGAUAUCAAUGGAUAUCUCAGCGGCUACUUCGACAUCACAACCUCCGGUUAUAAGUUUGAACCUCAGAGCUAUAAAAACAUCAUACAGAACAUUGGUAUCCCUGGACAGGAGGUACUUUUCCUUAGUGAUAACGUCAAAGAAGUCCAAGCUGCUUUAGAAGCUGGGCUGAAAGCACAUGUGGUUGUCAGACCAGGCAACUCACCACUCACACAAGAUGAAGUAGAGAAGUACAAAGCAGUCGAUGACUUUUCCCACCUACAACUGUGA